CAUUUUUUUGCUCCUUGACUACUAUUUGUUGUUGCUGUCUGCCUUUUACGAUAGCUACUUCUAUAUUAUACCCAUUAACUCAUCAUUAGCGAUCCACCAUGAAAGUUACAACCUUCAUGAAGGGAAGUCCUUCUGUUGGAUCUCGUAAAAUGUCGUUGUUGGUAUUUCCUACGCUAAGGGUCAUCAGUAAUUCUUCUUCUUUAUAAAACAAAUGGCGAUCAUUAUUUAGUAGCCGCAAUCGGCCUAUGGCCGACAUGAUGGGCAGAAGAAGAAAAAAAUACACGAGUGAUAACAGAGGAGGAGGAGCAGCAGCCAGGAGCGAAAGAGGACGAGGAGGGUAUUAUUAUGUAAGAUUGCUCAUUCAGGGUUUGUCUUGUCGCUUUCGACAUGAAAUCUGUAGGUGAUAAUUGGCAUUUCUUCCACUCGUUAUAGAAUCAUCUUCAGUCUGCCCAAGUCAUUAUCUUACAAUAUCAGCGGUUGAUACUCUGGACUUCUUUGAGGAGCUGACAUGGCACCACUCGAACGACAAAAGGCGUACGCCUGUUUCGGGGUUGGUCUUUCGCUGUUUGCGACCCUCGCCUUAUCAUCGCCGUUUCAUCAGAAACCUCUAUCUUAUGAUUCGGUGGAAUCAAUCAAGGGAUGUUUUUCGCCCUCUGACCUAUCAUCUUCUUCGCCUAAUGAUAAUCCACCUUAUGUUCCGCACAUUAACUAUGCCGCUUUUGAUAAAGAUGAUGAUGGGAGCACGCCUCCUCCAGACUAUAUGACCCUCUAUCCUUUACAUGUUUUUGGGUCGAGAGAAGAACGGGUGAACUUGAUGUUCUUUUCGGACGGAUACACUGUAGGAGAGGAAGAAAAAUUUGUGAAAGAUGCCUCAAAGCUCAAGGAUGACAUUGUUUCCCAUGGGGGCGCCAUGAGCCAUGUGGCCCAUCUGUUGAAUGUAUGGGCAACGUUUGUACCAUCAAAUGGAUCAGGUAUAGGCUCCCAUGACAGACCUCUUGAAGGCGCCUCCUUUGGCCUAUAUCGCCCUGGGGCGGAACUAAGAGCAGUAUUCGUGAAUAAUCCUAGGCGAGCAAGAGCAGCCUGCAGGUGGUUCAGAGAGAACAAGGCAAAGCAAGGAGGGUGUGACCAGCCGAUAUUGCUUGGCAAUGACCCCUUGUACGGUGGUCUUGGUGGAGAAUUCACAGUCAUCACUGCUUCUGAGCUAAACGGACCCCUUGUUCUACGGCAUGAACUUGGACACAGCAUUAUGGACGUGGGAGAGGAAUACGACGGAGGGUAUGCUUAUUUUGGAGUCAAUUCUGACAGAUACAAACGACGCGACGCUCUGAAAUGGCGUGAAUUUUUGACGAAUCCUGAAAGCUCGAGAAUAGAGGAUGUCAGAGUCCCAUUACAGGUAUACCCCUGGCAUGAUCUUGAUAUCUCAUCUUGGGAAAUAUCAUUCAACUCGUCAAAUCUAAUUUCUCCUCAAAAUGGCGUUUCCUGUUAUCCCACCGCACUGCUGCGGGCCUCUCUGUCUUCCAUUCCUUACUCUUCACAUGUUGUUUUAGUAUUAAAUGGCUGUACUCUAGACCUCGCUGAUGGCUUCCCGAAAGCUUGGGAAGGUUCAUCGGACCGUCGAUGGUUGGAGGUACCUUUAACUUUGGAAACGGGCCUCCAGCCGGGGUGUAAUACAAUUAAGGUGGCACUCACGGACGAGGGAAGAAGAGCAAGAGCAGGACAAGGAGGAAAGAUGAUUGCAAGUUUAGAAAUCAUAGAGUAUGGGGGGGAUGGACGUUUUAACCAUACAGAAGGCUUCAUUGGCGCAUUUCCAACGUAUGCGAUGGAUGGUAGGGUACGCCUACGACCUACCAAUGAAGGGUGUCUGAUGAGGAAAAUCGACCAUCCGACUUUUUGCCCUGUUUGUGCCCAUUAUCUAGGAAACCGCCUGGAGAAUAUCAUUAAAAAUCACUGAGUGCAUUGUUUUUAUACCCGUCCCAUACUCUUAUUACUUGUUCCAGGAGGAGAGGGUUAGUAUAAUACGUAAAAAUACACCGACGGCAACGCAAAGUUGAGAUCACAUUGAGAUGUGUGGCUGGUGAUAUCAGGCCGAUAUCGUUUUAAUGUUACUGGACGCCAUCUGAUACAUUUGGCGUCACAGUUUUGAUCGCAGCUGCUGAUGUCGGGCGGGCUGAUAUCAAAUACACUGGGUCGGGUAAUAAAACAUUAAUAAUUAUUAUUUAUCCCAUGCCCCAUCGGCUAA